AUGAUACUGUUGGUAGUUCAACCACUCCUUGACAUUGCGGCACCAGGUGGACAACUGGAAGCGGAAGUGGCAAUCCCCGGUAACAACGGCAUGGAGAUAGAAGUUGUCGAAGUCCAAGUGGAAGAUGUAAUGAUGGACCUAGCUGAAGAAGAAAUGCUACGAGAGGAAGUGGUACAAGAUGACAUCGAGUAUGUAGAUUUACUUCCUGCUGACGCAGAGGCAGAAUUUGAAUUCAGGGACGCAAUUGACGUUUUAUUACCAGACGUCAAUGAAGAGGUUAGUAAAUACAUCUUAUUAAAAUUAAAAUAA